GGUAUAGCAUAGCCUCAUCAUAGUCUUGGUGCCAAAUAGCAACAUUUACUAACAGUGUUAAAAUGAUGGAGAAAUUAUGUGGUGCCAGUUUUGGCAACAUGUUGAAUCAGGGAAAGCCUUAUUUGUUAACAGUGGGGUUGCAAUUUGGGAUGGCUGGAACAUUCAUCAUCACCAAGGCAUGUCUUGAUCAUGGAAUGAGUCGUUUUGUGUUAACUGUUUAUCGCAAUGUCAUUGCUGCCGUUGGCCUUGCUCCUUUUGCACUUAUCUUUGAAAGGAAUAGACCGAAAAUGACAAUGCCUGUCUUCAUGCAGAUAGUGGCCCUUGGAUUUCUUGAGCCAGUGAUUGACCAAACCUUCACUUGCUUGGGGAUGCAAUAUACUUCGGCUUCAUUUGCAUCUGCUAUUAUGAACGCCGUACCUUCUGUAACCUUUGUCAUAGCAGUAAUCCUCAGGUUAGAGCGUGUGAAUUUGAAGGAGUUACGUAGUCAAGCGAAGGUAAUUGGAACCUUGGUAACCUUUGCUGGUGCUUUGUUGAUGACCCUUUACAAAGGCUCAGAAAUAAACCUAUUUAAUCAUCCAAACAGUACCCACCAUGAAAGUCACUCUCAGCAGGGUCACAAAAACUGGGUCACUGGGACCCUAUUUUUAUGCCUUGGUUGUUUGGCUUGGUCCUCCUUCUACAUUCUGCAGUCCAUAACGGUGAAAAGGUACCCUGCUGAACUAUCACUGUCGUCGUUGAUAUGCUUGAUGGGUGCACUGCAAAGUGCUGUGGUUGCGUUGAUAGCAGAUCGUAACCCUCGGGCUUGGGCUAUUGGCUUCGACUUCACACUCUAUGGCCCUCUUUACGCUGGAAUAAUGAGUUCAGGCAUAGCAUAUUAUGUACAAGGGCUUGUAAUGAAAAGCAGAGGCCCAGUGUUUAUGACAUCCUUUAAUCCUCUUUUAAUGAUCAUCGUUGCUACUUUGGGCUCUUUUCUUCUAGGAGAACAGCUCUACUUAGGAAGUAUCAUAGGUGCCAUCAUUAUCGUAGUGGGUCUUUAUUCAGUGGUAUGGGGCAAAGCCAGGGACUAUGAAGUCCUCAAACUGCCGUCAACAGCAACAGUAAAGGAGACCGAAACCCAACAGCUCCCAAUUACUUCAUCAACUCAUAAAUAGUAGAGACUAUUAAAGCAAUAAAAGAAAUCACGAGUAUAUUUGAAUAUAAGUUAGAAGUGUUUUUAGAGUUUCUAUACUGAAAAUAAAGAAUAUUUUUCAAUAGAGAAACUCUCAAAAAUAUUUAUAAACUUGUAUUUAAACAGACUCAACAUAGAACUAGCUCAAUUAUGGAAAAUGAAAAAAUUAUAUAGAGCUAGUUAAGCUAAUAUUUAAAGCAAUAAAAAAAAUUGCAAACAUGUUUGAAUAUAAGUUAGAAGUUUUUUUUAGAGUUUUUCUAUUAAAAAUAAAGAGUAUUUUUUAAUAGGAAAACUCACAAAAAUAUUUCUAAAUUUGUAUCCAAACAAAUUUAACAUAGAACUAGCUCGAUUAUGAAAAAAACAAAUAAAAUUACAGACUAAGAGAAGCUAUUUAUUGGAUGACAUAUGUUGUAUAAGUAUAAUUUAGUUAGUUGUAAUUAUUGUUGGGGUUGUUUUCACUAAGACUCCCAUAAGUAAGUGUUAAUUAUUGUAAUAAGGUGGUGUUGUGUGAUGAUUCAUAUAUGUUCAAACAAAACAACUUGUACCUUUCUUUUUUCUCUUCUCUCUCUUCAAUUUUUUUUUUUUUUUUGUGUGAAUGUGAUGAGAGUGUUUUGCCUAGAGUGUGUUUUGUAAAAUCGUACAGCACAAUGCCUCAAGGUGUUAUCAUGUUGGUGUAA